AUGGGCGAGGCGCGCGCCCAUGGGCCAAGUGGCGAUCGCGCCCGGCGCCGUGCCACGCCCGCCUGCGCACCACCCGCCCGCCGGUGGGCGGGUGGAGCUGAUCCCACCACGCCCGCCGGUGGGCGAUGGGCGGCCACCACGACCAGCCACCGCGGCCGCCCGGCCACCGGCCAGCCCGACCCAGCCAGCUCAGCCACAGGUACACCCGGGGACUCGGCUUCCGUGCCGGCCUCGGCAGCUCAGAGCCCGCCUCCGCGGUCGGUAGGCCCGGCCCGAGCCCGGCAGCGCAAUGGCCCGGAAAACUUUGUUAUAGGGGAAGGCAGUUUUUCCCCAUGGGCGCAGCCGUCAGCGGCGCGCGUCACGCCCGGCGCCGUGCCACGCCACGCCGGGCACCACCCGCCCCGCCGGUGGGCGGGUGGGCUCCUUUUCGCCGCGGGUGGGCGGGUCGAGCCACCACUGCCAGCGCAGCACCCCCCGGCCGUAGCCACCGGCCCGCCGGACUCAGCGAGCUCCGGCCGGACCCGGGGGCUCCAGCGCCGGCCUCCGCCCGAGCCAGCGUGCCCUAAUGGCCUAGAGAAACUUGCCCGCGCCCAAUGGCCUAGAAACUUUGCCAGUGGCGUGUAG